AUGCGGCAGCAGGUGACGACGGCCGUGCUGCUGUUCGUGUACGUCGACGUCGUACAGGCGUUGACGUCGGCUACAGCCGAAUGCGCUGAUAGGCAUAUAUUCUCGGAUCGUCCAAUUACAGAGACGCUCGAAUCACCGGCUUUCCCAACUCCAUAUCGAUCCGGUCUCUCGUGUUUCUUCAACAUAUCAACUAUCGCAUCAAAUGUGAUACACCUCACAUUUCUUUCAUUUGAUCUAGCUGAACCGAACAGCAAUAGUGAGCAAUGUUUAGAAGCGUAUGUGCUGGUGAUAGUUGUGGAUCGAUUAGGUAAAGAACAUAUCGGAGAUCGAUUAUGCGGCACCAAAUUACCAUCAAAAAUCGAAACAAUGCAACCUACCAUCUACGUACAAUUCGUCACCACAUCCCCAGGACGUGAUCAUCGUGGAUUUCGUCUACGCUAUGAAAUCAUUUCAGAAGCCCUAAUAAAGGAGCCUCCAUCCUACGUUCCGGACGACGAAAAGAUGUUCGAACGUGAAUGCGGUGGGGCGACAAAACCUGGACAACUUACAGGUGAAAUCGUAUCACCCGGCUAUCCGGACACAUAUCCACGUAACGUCACAUGCUAUUGGCUAAUACGGGUCGAUCCACGACAACGAGUCUACAUACGUCUAGCACAUUUGCAUCUCUCCUCAACGAUAGCUGAAUGUGAGCGAGCUUCGUUAUCGAUCAUUGACGGGUAUAAACAUGCUGGAGAAGUUUUCAAAAAAGACCUCGUUGCCGACGCAUCCGAAACACGUUUUUGUGGAAGUCAACUUUAUUAUAUGGAAGAAGGCAUGAAAAGCUAUUUAUCUAGUGCAAAUAGACUUCUUGUCAGGCUAAACACCAAGGAUCGUCCAUCGACCUCCACUGCUGGUCAGAUAAUUGGUUUUAAGUUGAUCUGGACAGCUGUGGAAAGUCUUUUCGAUGAAAAUCCACACUCGUUAUCGUCAUCCGAUCGCAGGAAGGAACCAGUUCAGUUCAAUUCAUGCAGCGAAUUCACAUGUCAAGGAGGUCAAAUAUGCGUUGAGCAGGAUCAAGGUGUAUGCGCUAUGCGACCACAACUAUGCAUUCAUUCAUCAUUAGUAUGUAAUGGUGUGCAAAAUUGCGUCGAAGGUGAUUACAGCGAUGAACAACACUGCUAUUCACGUGAGAUCAUCGCAGGAUCAGUGGGCGGUUUUCUGGGAAUCACGAUAGUGGUCUGUAUUUGCGUAUGCUGUGAUCAAUGGCGUAAACGACGUCGUGUACGUAAAAUGUUACGCGAACGACGUGAAGUCGCUAACGGUAAAACACAACGUGCGUAUCGUCAUGACGUACAUUUAAAUCAUGACAUAAGUUUUGAUCGUACAAAUCAUGUGCCUCGUUUCUCACGUGACGAUGAUGCUCUUUAUCCAAUGCGGUACAACCGCAGCCUACCGCCGUCAUCAAAUCCGCCUCGGUGA